AACUACAGCAGCUCUCCAUCAGAAGGAUCAUUUUGAAUCUGUUGUCGGUGAGUAUCAGAGAGACGUCCACACUCAACAAUCAUUCAAAAUGCCCAAACAAACGCAGAAAAUGGCCAAGGCCGGCAAAGGCAGAAGCAAAUGUCAAGAGGACCCGAUCGAUUUUUCCAAACUUCCUAAGGACUUAAAAACACCUGAUGAAGUCUGGAAUGCAGAGAGGGGUAACACUCGUAAAAACAAUAGAUCCAGCCGCUUUCAAGAGGAGAGAGAAAUGGAGUUGGCUGAACAAAAGUCACAGGACCAAGAAGAUCUGAAGAAGCCGCUUAAUCCCACUGCUGAUAAAACUCCUGCCGAAGAAGCUGAGUUUAUGGAGACCAUCAAGAGCCUGUCAAAAAGGCUUCUUCUAAAGGAGUAUCUGCAGCUGAGGAAGGACUUCGUAACCACCGAAGAUAAGCUGAAGAAAAAACUUCAGAAGGAGAGGACAAAGAGCGAACUUCUCCAAGAAGAGCUGGAGAAGAAGAAAGCUUCAAACACUGACGUCCAGGAGAGUGCAGAGGUCCCUGCUCAACAACAACAGGCUGUUCUCCUAAACCCUGAAACUGAGGAGAAAUUAAAGUCUCUGGAAGACAGGGUGCUGAACGACCAGAGUGUUAUCUCCAACCUGAUGGCUGAACGGGACACCCUCACACAAGAGAUGGCAGAGAUCAACAUCCUGAAGGAAGAGGCCAUCAAGAAGCAGGAGGAUCUCUUGGAGAAGAAUGAGGAGCUGAAACAUGAACUCAGCCUCAAGACAUGUCUUGACCAGGAAAACGAGGAGCUAAAACAUGAACUCAGCCUCAAGAAAUGUCUUGCCCAGGAGAACGAGGAGCUGAAAGAGAAGGUCAAAACCAGCCAGGAGGAGUUCAAUGCUGAGCUCCAGCUUGCAAAACAGAACCACAUCCUCCUCCAACAGCACUAUCAGGCUCUUAGAGUCGCAUACCAGAAGCUCGGUGAGGCGUACCAAACACAGGUCGUCACUGUCAGAAAUCAGGCUGUAAACCUUCAAAACCAGCUGAAGACGCAAGUCCAGUCAAAUGCAAACAGGAAGAGGGAAGACCAGUGGCUCAUCAGGAAGUUAAAAACUGACCUGAAAGCCCUUCGAGGAAAAACGUCAGCGACCAUCAUCUCCCAGAAAAAAUACUUCUUGAAGAUUAUAGAGGGGCUGAGCAACCAGCUCAACUCUCUGAGAGAAAUUCGAGAAAAAUACGACGACCUGAAAGAGGAAUACAAUAUCAGACAGGAGGAGUUCAACGCUGAGCUUCAGCCGGAAAAACAAAAAAAUUUGCUUCUCCAAGAGGAUCACGAGAGCCUCAGAGAGUCCUACAUAGAGCUCAGUAAAAACUAUGAAGCCGUGAUCAUAACUCUCCAACAGUGGGCUGAACUGGUCACUCAGCAGGGACUAGCCAUCCAAGUCCAGGAGGAGCCUGAGGACUCAGAGAUCAACAGUACUGAGACCGCAAUGACCCUAACACCCCAGGAAGAGCCUGAAGCAUUGACUCCAGUCAUUGAGACAGAGACUCCAGCCACUGAGACGGCGACUCCAACCACUGAGACAGAGACUCCAGCCACUGAGACAGAGACUCCAGUCAGUGAGACAGCGACUCCAGCCACUGAGACAGAGACUCCAGCCACUGACACAGCCACUCCAGCCACUGAGACAGCGACUCCAGCCACUGAGACAGAGACUCCAGCCACUGAGACAGAGACUCCAGUCAGUGAGACAGCGACUCCAGCCACUGAGACAGAGACUCCAGUCAGUGAGACAGCGACUCCAGCCACUGAGACAGAGACUCCAGUCAAUGAGACAGCGACUCCAGCCACUGAGACAGAGACUCCAGUCAGUGAGACAGCCACUCCAGCCACAGAGACAGCGACCCCAGCCAAACCGUUCUGGAAAAUGGUCAGACAUUUUCUGGGUUUUAGGAAGCCAAAGUCCUGGAAGAAGAAGGAGCUGGAGCCUACAUCAUCUCCUCACUCCCAUGGCCCCCCAUAACCCUUCCCUCCCCGUGUGGGUUUCCCCCGGGUAACUCCGGUUCCCACACAUAAAUGCAAUUACUAAAACUAAAAAAAACUAAAAUAAAACUAAACAAACAAA